GCUAGAUGGCCAUCUUCUAUCGAUAUAUAUAAAUCAUAGAUAGAUGCCAAUAACUUGAAUAUAUUGUGAAGCUAAUUAAUUAAUUAAUGAUGGAAGAAGGCGCGGUGGUGGAAGUGAAAAUAGAGGCGGCGGCGGGGCAGGCGAGCAGGUUGUCGUCGUCGAGCAGCAGAGUAUUCCCGGUGCCGGCGACGGGCAUUCUGCCGACGGCGGCGGCAGACAUUUAUGAGGAUGAGACGCCGGCACAAAUGCUGGCAGUUGGAGGAAUAAGCGUUCGGGGAGAAUCAGCUCUGGAGAGAAAUGCGUCCUACAAAGAGUUGGCCCCCAUAGAUUCUCAGCUCCCCAUUACAGAGUCCAGAAAUGGCAACUUUUUCUCCGUCACUUUACUUUUGCUCUCCUCCGGCAUCGGCCUCCAGGCCCUCCUCCUUCCCGUUGCUUUCACCUCCCUCGGCUGGGCAUGGGGAAUAAUAUGUCUAUCACUUCUAUACGUAUGGCAACUGUAUACCAUUUGGCUAUUGGUGGACCUUCAUGAAAGCGCCGCCACCGGGACCCGUUUCAGCCGAUACGCCCAUCUAGCAAUUGUAGCUUUUGGUCAAACCGCCGGCAAGUUGACCGCCAUUUUCCCCACCAUGUAUCUUUCCGGUGGGGCAUGCGUUCUAUUCAUAAUCAACGGCGGCGGGACCCUUGAGCUAUUCUACCACACCAUGUGCGGCGGCGUAGAGGACCCAGGCUGCCACGGCAAAGGGCCCACCGGCGCAGAAUGGUUUCUGGUCUUCAUUUCUCUUGCCAUAUUGGUGUCCCUCUUCUUCCCCAACAUGCAUUCCUUGUCCUCAAUCGCGGCCAUUGGUUCGGUCACCGGCGUGGCCUAUUGUACUGUUUUGUGGACACUGCCCCUUAGCAAGGGCAGGCCGGAGGGAGUGGUUUAUGACCCUCCACUGGUUUCUACCUCAAAGGUGGACAGGUUUCGGGACAUAGUAAACGCGCUUACCCUCAUCUCUCUUGCAUUUAGAGGUCACAAUCUCAUCCUAGAAAUACAAGGAACCAUGCCCUCCAAUGGUACGCCAAUGCGACGUCGUAUGUGGAGAGGGGUUAUGGCAUCUUAUGCUGUCAUUGCAUUGUGUCAUUUUCCAUUAGCCAUUGUCGGAUAUUGGGCUUAUGGCAAUCUGAUGCCUAGAACAUACAGCAGAGGAGGAAUUCUAAAUGCAUUUGCACAAUUUCACCGAGACGACAUCUCGAAAUCCGGGAUGGGAGCAAUAUACAUGAUUAUCAUCAUAGCUUGCCUAUGCAACUUCCAAAUAUAUGCAAUACCAACGUUGGACAAUUGGGAGAGAAUAUAUUUGACCAAGAGAAAGAAAAGUGGGUCUAAAUGGUUGCGGGCAAGUAUCAAAGUUCUAUUUGGUGGAUUAACAUAUUUGGCAGCUAUGGCAUUCCCCUUUUUGGGGAGUUUAGCCGGCUUUGUCGGCUCCAUCACGCUGCCUCUAACUUUUGCUUAUCCAUGUUUCAUGUGGAUUGCCAUGAAAAGCACACGCCGGUGGAGCUUACUCUGGUGUCUCAACAUGGCUCUUGGCUGUUUGGGAAUGUUAAUGUGUUUAGUAAUGGCGACGACAACCUUGUGGGAUUUGAUAGCUAAUGGCUUGCGGGCUAAUUUUUUUCGGCCGUGAAAUAUGUACUUAUCAUUCCAGCAUUUUGUAAAAUAUUUUUUGAGUUAGUUUUUUUUUUGGGAAAGUUCCCGAAAUGGGACUAAAAAAGUUUGAAAAUUUCAAAAUAGGACUAUAUAUCAUGUUUUUAUUCCCAAAACAGGACUAAUUACUGCCAAAUUUGGAAAAUACUGCCAUGUUUGAAGUCUGGUACUGCCAAAACAUGACAGUAAUUAGUCCUAUUUUGGGAAUAAAAACAUGGAAGUCCUAUUUUGGAAUUUUUCAAACUUUUUUAGUCCCAUUUUGGAUAAUAUCUUUUUUUUUAAUAUAUGCUUCUAAUCUAUCAUCUAUGUACUUGUAACCAUAAUGUACCCAAAAAAUAGUUUUGGCUAUCUUGUUAACGAUAAUCUCAACUUUUGGAUAGGCUCG